UCCAGGAGUCCUCAUUCACUCACUGGCCUUUGCCUUUUCACCAGCUGUCUUCUCCCCACUUGUUAAGAUGUGUGAAGAAAGGUGUGAAGAUAGAGUGAUCUACUCUUCUGGGAGAGAACCCUGGUUCAAUCUGAACUCAACAUGGUAUGGCCCAGCUGGAUCCUGGUUGGAUAAUCGCCGCAAACCAUUUCGCUAUGUUGUAAACACAUCCUGUGUCACCGGUUGCAACCGCAGGGAUGAUGUACCGAGAAGAGGAGGCCACAAUUACCGAUGCUACGGCUAUCGAAGCUCCACCUGUAGGCAAGGGGGAAACCCAAGAGUGACCUGCUGUGUCCACAAUCCUUCAGGAGGACCCCGUGAUUACUGGGGGCGUCCAAUAGGCGAUUCGUGCGAUGGAAAUACAGGGGGGCACUAUUCUAAUGAAGAGUCAUUCUGCGGUGGAUCUUGCGGUGGAUCUGUUGGAGGAUGUGGAGGUGGGCAAGGCGGGGCAUGUGCCCAGCCAGUUGCUUCAUCAGGAGGAUGUGGAGGUGGAAGAGGAGUGUGCUCUGAGCCUGGAUGUGGAAGAGGACGAGCAGUGUGCUCAGAACCGGGGUGUGGGAGAUCUUCAAGAGGGCUGCAAACCUCUGGGGGAGCAGGGUGUGCCGGGUCUUCAGGAAGAAGUGGAGGAGGACGAGGAGUGUGUUCUGAGCCUGGAUGUGGAGGAGGAAGAGGAGUGUGCUCAGAACCGGGGUGCGGGAGAUCUUCAAGAGGGCUGCAAACCUCUGGGGGAGCUGGGUGUGCCGGGUCUUCAGGAAGAGGUGGAGGAGGACGAGGAGUGUGUUCUGAGCCUGGAUGUGGAGGAGGAAGAGGAGUGUGUUCUGAGCCGGGAUGCGGCAGGUCUUCAAGGCGGCCGCAAACCUCUGGGGGCUCAGUGUGUUCCGAGUCCAGCGUUAGAUCUUCAGGAAGAUGUGGAAGAGGAAGAGGAGUAUCUUUUGAGCCGGGAUGCGGAGGAGGAAGAGGAGUGUGUUCUGAGCCGGGAUGCCGCUCAUAGGGGAGUGUGUGCUGAGCCAAGGCGUUCAUCUUCAGGUGGAUGGAGGAGGAAGUGUUCUAAGUCAUCAGAUGGGCUCCAAAUCACCCUGUCCCUGCAACCACAAUAUACAAAGCCAAGAAUGUUACAGAGAGAGAUACUGUCGGUCUGAGUGGCUGGCAAGCGCAACCACAGCAGAGGAAGCUUCAUCAUAUUUAUUCACUGGUAUUUAUGCAUCAGUUUGUAGCCA